AUGGCUACGCCUACUUUUAUCACUAAUCUGAGUCUUACAUAUAACGUUCUUAAAACUUUCGAAGAUAGUCUUGUCGAUGAUAUAGAAGUUCCAGAGCUAGACGAGUGUUCAAAAUGGGGGAUGGGUGGAACAAUAUAUCAAGGAGAUGAGCAAGGCCAUGGUUAUGAGGGUGUAAACCUAUCUGAUCCCAUGAUUUGUAAGAGAAUCCCAACAAUACAAAGAUUGUUAAAUCAUCUAACCAAGAUGCGUGUUCUUUUAAUACGAUCUCCACCAAUGGCGGGUAAAACAUCACUUGCACAACUUCUUGAGAAGCAUCUGUUGGAAGAACACCCUGGAACAAGGGUUUUUCGUAUAUCUCUGUUGUGGAUGGAGGCUGACAAUCCAGAAUGGACCUUUUCAGAUCGAUUUCGAUGGCUUAUGGGGGACAUCGGUUGGCGCCAAUUUGUCUCUGAAUCUUCACACAUUGAAACCAUCUUAAUUGUAGAUGAAGUUCAGAAACUAUAUAAACCUGACACAGAAGAUUCU